AUGACUCCAUCAGCACAGAUAAUUCAAAGAUCUUUCUCUUCUUCAGAUAAUUUUCAGAGACAAGCAGUGAUGAACAGUGUUUUUAGACAGAUGUCACAUGGAGGGAAAUUUGGUUCUCCAUAUCUGGAUCAAUCAGGAUUUUCCCCAUCAGUUCAGUCAUAUAAUCAUACUUUUAACCAGUCUUCAAGCUCCCAGUGGUGCCAAGAUACACCAUUAUCACAGAGAAAAGUCAGACAGAAUUCUCAUUCCUACAUGGCAGAUAGACAUUAUAGCCGUAAACAGUGUUACACCACUGAUCAUGGGUCUGACCAUCAUUACAGAGAAAACAGAGAUGAUUUCUUCUAUUAA